ACCUGGCCACAUCAACAGCCUGUACGGACCACCCCCUUUGCCACUCCCCAUUCCCCAUCAACCCUUUCUCUCUUUCUUUCACUUUUCAACCAUCUCACAAAAUCCCCAAAGCUUGCUCCUUUACUAUUUUCAUCCCAUUAGUUUUCCCUAAUUUGAAUCUCAACAAUUUUAUUAUCCCCUGAUAAUUUUUUAGCAAAAUUGUUGAACAAGAAUGGAUCUUUCCCAAUUUUAGAAAGCUUUUGUGUUAUGAGGCUCCUUUGCUGGUGAGGAAUGGAAGAUUCUGGCCUGGCACUGAUCUCUUGUCUGUUGUUAUAAUAAAUUGGAACUCGCAUGAUGUCGGGGUUCAAUCGCAUAGAAAUCAAUUUGAUCAACUGCUUCUUUCAUUUUGCUGAAUGGCAUCCGAUUGAAUAACAGAGUUGAAUUCGGGUGGAUGCCCGAAUAGCGUUUUCCUCCUUUUAAGGUUCUUGAAUCAAAUUGUUCGAUAGUGUUGUAUAAUAGUGUACUUUAGUGGGACAUACUACGUAUUUCUGUUGUUUUGGACAUUUGUGACAAUGCGUUCUGUUGAUGAAGUUGCGGAAAUGGGGUGCUGUGGAUGUUUUGGAUUCUCUUUUGCAAGAAAACCGGAAAAGUUAGGUAGGCCUAAUAGGGGUUAUGGAACAAACGGCUGGUCACGUGAGCCAUUGUUACAACAACAAGAGGUUGAAGAAGGGGAAGAUGAUGAUGAUGAUGGCUUUGAUAGUGGCGAUAUAAUUAACGAUACUAGUACUGAGGAUGAGGAAGCGUGCCAUAGCCCGGUUAAACGUUCUGAGGAGAUUCUCAUUGACAGAGCUCAGAAUGGGUUAAUUUGCCGAGAGAUCCCUGUCAAGGAAACACACGAAGUUGUGCGCACAGAGGAUGAAGAUGGGAACAAGAUGGUUAACGAAUAUGCCCGUGAACACAAAAUUGGUGCUGGUAGCUAUGGAAAAGUGGUACUUUAUAGAAGUUGUACUGAUGAUAAACAUUAUGCCAUUAAGGCCUUUCACAAGUCUCACUUAUUAAAGUUGCGGGUGGCACCUUCCGAAACUGCUAUGGGUGAUGUUCUUCGUGAGGUUUCGAUCAUGAAAAUGUUGUGCCACCCCAAUAUAGUUAAUCUUAUUGAGGUGAUUGAUGACCCAACAACAGAUCACUUCUACAUGGUUCUCGAGUACGUGGAAGGAAAAUGGGUUUGUGAGGGUACUGGUCCCCCAUGUGUUCUUGGGGAAGAUAAAGCACGGAAGUACUUGCGUGAUAUAGUUUCUGGCUUGAUGUAUCUGCAUGCGCAUAAUAUUAUACACGGGGAUAUUAAGCCAGACAACCUCUUAGUGACUGCCUCUGGCAGGGUGAAGAUUGGUGAUUUCAGCGUCAGCCAAGCUUUUGAGGACGAUAAUGAUAAGCUUCGUCGAUCUCCUGGCACUCCUGUUUUUACUGCUCCUGAAUGCUGCUUAGGAGAAAGAUAUCAUGGAAAAGCUGCUGACACAUGGGCGGUUGGUGUUACCCUUUAUUGCAUGAUCUUGGGAAAAUACCCAUUUCUAGGAGAGACUCUCCAGGAUACAUAUGAUAAGAUAGUAAAUAACUCCAUCACUCUCCCUGAUGAUAUGAAUCCACUUCUGAAGAAUUUAAUAGAGGGGCUUCUCUGUAAAGAUCCAACACAAAGGAUGACUCUUGAAAGUGUUUCUCAGCAUGAGUGGGUCAUAGGAGAUGAAGGUCCUAUCCCUCAGUACCCGUGUUGGUGCCAACGCCAAAAGUUGCAGAAAGACGAAUGUGAGGGGAGCGCGGAGGAUACUCCUACUUGAUUUUAACUGCACAAUGAUCUAGCAUGAUUAUUAUUUUCCAUUCUAGUAGGAUGUAAACUAGGAUGUGUCUUUCCGACAAUUUGCACUUGCAGGAGCAAAAGAAUGUAAAGGAUGGUAGAAAAUGAGAGGUUCGAGUAAAUUUUGUUAGAUUUCAGUCGUACUCUCAAAAGUACUGGCUCAGUGUUGGUGGUGAUGUUGAGGUUUUGUGUUUAGAUGCAUAGCAGAGAGCAUUAGAAUUGCUCUCCAUGAGAGAAAUUGUAUUGCUUGAAGUCAGGCAUAUUUGGUUUUUGUGGAUAUUUUAUGUUUUAUAUGAAGAUUUUUUAGAUAA